AUGCAUAUCUGCGGGGUUGUGGACCGGGGAAGCGGCCAGGUGUAUAUGGAGUCUUCCAAGGAAAUUUCCUUGGCCCCUUCGAAGGGUGCGUCCUGGGUCCAUGAGACGCCUUUCCUGCCUGAAGGGUGGGAAGAAACCAAUGCGAUCGGUGCGCCUACACUGAGGCAUGCAGCCAUGAGACAAGCUUUGUCAGACCAAAGAAAUCUUCGGCCCGAGCUAUUCAAGUCUGUUCACUGGCGGGUCGCAAAGUACCUGUGGGAUUGCCUUGGCAAGUGUAAAAAGCAGACUGCAUACGCGUGGAAGCUAUUCGCUACGGCGUAUCCCGAGGAAUUUCGCAAGGUUGCUCCGCAUCGUGCUAUGAAAGUUGAGAGUCCCCUCAUGUCCAUCCAGGAUUAUUUGGGCCUAGUCAAAUGUGAGUCGCUGAGUUGGGGAGCAACCCUGACUCUAGCGGCCACACAAGUAAGAACUCCUGAUCUCGUGGGCUUAGCCAACAUCCCAAAUCUUGUUGCGUUAGAGAUUGCCACUCCGAUGCUUUAUGAAGGCGUUCAGGAAGAGGGUGAGGUGCCUAUGGUGAAUCUUGACGAUCGGAUCGUGCGGUCGUGGAGCGAGUUGGCGCAAAAUUCCAAGGGGUUUGCAAAUCUGAGGGUCCUGAUGCUGCAGUUCCAGCACAGAAUCUCCCGUGCUGCACUGCGUUAUUUUCAUGACUUCCCCGCAUUGCAGUUUCUUGUGCUGAAUCACUGUUCCGUGCUGCCGGUUGACGCUGUCGCUGGGUUUGAAUUAGAAGGCUGGGCUGUCGUGGACAUGGAUGAGGUGCCCAAAACUCUGCACAGCAUCUACCAGAAGACUCUUGAGAUUGAUGAUGCAGAACAGACGUCUUUUCCCCUUGAUGCUCGUAUCUUUUCUCUUCAAGUUGGACAAAGAACGCAUAAGGUCUUGCGCGCGUCAUCGAGGCAGUUCUAUCGUACCGUUUGUCUCCGUCGCGUCAAGGCUUAUGCAGAACGGCCGGCUAAGAAGUUGAAAACAGCUCCAAAACCACUACCCGCGGGACCGAAACGGGCAGUGAUGAGGGAGCGCAAGCUGAAAGACCUUGGAGGUCUGCUGCAGGACUUUCUUUAGUCAAUGCGGAUACGCAUGAUGGAUGAUGUCACUUGCAGGAGGCAGAUGCAUAAGCUCUGGCCUCUACCUGUACCAGUGCGCGGGUGCCUGGUGAUUGCGCGAAUGAUCUUCAUUCCCUCCCUGACUUUGAAUGUCUCAUCUGUCUUUCUGACAC